AGGCAGUUAGGAUAUUUAUGAAGUUACGCAAAUCUGCCUGGUUGUCAGCCUCGACUACCAGUCAUAUUUCACCCUUUCGAGUCCCUAGCUUUUCCAAUUGUCUCAUUCCUAGCACAUCACUUUAUUACGCUACCCAUUGCUGCCCUAGCAUUGGAUUGUCGGGUCGCGGCCUGCACCCCCGCGAUUUCAACCCUGGAUUAUUUCAACCUUUAACACACAAGGCUGUAUAGGCGAUCUCUUUUUUUCUUCUUUUUUUCUCAGGCAUCCAUAUUCGCUCUAGGUUGAGAAUGGCGCCACACUCGAAAACGAAGCCGCCGAAACUUCGAAGAGAGGUAGAGCGAACACCACAAACCCAAAUAAUCUAUAACCGGAUUCGCGAAGAAGAAGACAGGCACUCUUUGCAACACCAUGUCAACUCGCAAAACCUACGGCCUCCGCCUACCAGGUCUCUGGCCAUGUCUCCGAGUAUGACCAACGAGAGCCGUAGGAAUCUUGAGGUACCAGGUCCAGACCCAGGCAAGGGGAAACGUCCACGAGGGCGCAGGCACCGUCCGUUGGACCCGGCUAAAAAAUUCAAGACGGCGAUCAAGAGGGCGCUCAAACUGGUCUGCCAUGAUUGUCGAGCUAAGAAGGUCACGUGCGAAUGCUACGACUUCUCUAAACUCGAAGAAGCCUACCAAGCCGGCCAGGCGGCCAGAGCGGAACAGCUAGCCUCACACGACCCGGCCCCAGCCCCGACGCCGCAAUAUACAUCGAUCAACGACCUGCUGGGUAUUGACGGCGGUUGGACCACCCCAGUUGCCCUCGAAGACGAUCUGGGCGAACUUACGGAUCCCUUGCAACAGCCGAGUGCCCCACAACGCAUUAGGCAAUUUGUGAGCCACUUUGGAGUGGACUCAGUACCUUCGGGUCCUAGCAUACACCAAGAACCUACAGACCAGCAGGCCUAUCGUCUUCCCAAUGUAAGGUCAGAUAGCCCGCCUGCGCUUUCAGUUCCCUUUCCGAUAGGCAGCGAAAUGUUUGAGUAUCCCGGACGGUGGCGGUGCGAAUUCUUUAAACCUGACCGGCCGACGCCAAGUAUCUGGUCGGACGAAUGCUCUUGGACGGGGCCAAUGGAGUCAUUGGAACUGCAUUUCAGGACAGAUCAUCAUUCGUUUCAGGAUCCCGAGUUUUGGUGCCAAUGCGAAGCUUGCCAUGGCUUGGUACCUGGUGAGGAGCCGCCAAGGGUUUGUGAGAAUGAAGAAUGUUAUGGGAUGGCGCGUUGGAAGAGGUGGUAUUACGGCCAUAUGCUGGUGGAAUCCGUGGCACCAUCAACGCAGGCCCUCACGCAAUACACUGAAUCUGAGAGUGGUUAUUCACAUGACCACCGAGGCCCCUGGGAUCGGGCGUGUCCCGGCGGCGGAGGCGGCUCCUAUUCGUUUGGGUCAUUCAGCGGUGGCAACUCGAAUGGUCAUUGUCGGCGCUCACACGCCAGUGAUACCACCUGCGAAACUUAUCAUGACGAAUUCCCGGACGAGUCUAGUCCUCAUCCAUUCACCCUGUUGUCCUCCCCUAUCUCCAGCGUGUGUUCCUGGACAAUGGAAUACAAAUCGAGAAGUCCCUUCGAGCCAUCCGAAGUGGGCGCUUGCAGACUUCAACGAUUGUUGGGUUCCCGACGGCACGCCUGGCUCCAGCUUCAAUUUUUCUACACCCUGGCGAUGUCUUUGCUGGUCAUUAUUACUCUAGAUGCUGGCUGUCUUUCGCAAAUGACGCGGAUGCACGCUGGCUGCGUCGAUGUCAGGAUGAGUGUGCCGAUCUUGUCGGCGGCCCUCCUCCUCUCCAGUUUCAUGGGAACAUGGCUGGUAAAACAUUGGAUCUCCAUCCGGGGGCGCACUCAAUCCGAUCGCGCCUGGCCAGCAUGGCGGACACAUAGCGCCUCUGUUAUACAAGUCUUGCGGCCUGCAACCGUCAUUCGGGAUUCUCGGGAACCAGACCAAACAGUCUCGAGUGGAAGAGAAUACCUUGUGAGAAUAUAUGGAAGUGAGGAGAAGAUGAGGAACGACGAUUCGACAGCACGUGGCGUUUUGGUUCGGUGAGAUGAAUUUUACGACGCUUGAUGUGCUUUUGUUGAACCAAUGGCCAGUCAGCGCGGACGACUGGUUCAGCUCUUCUCUUCUUCAUUUCGUUCGAUUUGAUACCUAUUUGGCCAGCGUAUGUACGGUUUCCACAUGAUACCACCCCUUCGUCUUCUCGCGUGGUGCUUGACAUCAGGGUCAUUGGACGUAUUAGUCUACCUAGCAAAGUA